AUGCUGUUGCGAAUGGAAAUCGAAGUUGAUGGAGGUCGGAAAGCUAUUAUCAUUUUCGUCCCAGUUCCUCAACUCAAGUCUUUCCAGAAAAUCCAGGUCCGGCUGGUACGCGAGCUGGAGAAGAAGUUCAGUGGGAAGCACGUGGUCUUCAUCGCUCAGAGGAAGGAUUCUGCCCAAGCCAACUCAAAAAGCCGAACAAAGAAUAAGCAGAAGCGUCCCAGGAGCCGCACGCUGACCGCUGUGCACGACGCCAUCCUGGAGGACCUGGUCUUCCCGAGCGAGAUCGUGGGCAAGAGGAUCCGCGUGAAGCUGGACGGCAGCCGGCUCAUCAAGGUGCAUCUGGACAAAGCGCAGCAGAACAACGUUGAGCACAAGGUUGAAACUUUUUCUGGUGUCUAUAAGAAGCUCACGGGCAAGGACGUUAAUUUUGAAUUCCCAGAGUUCCAGCUGUAAAGAAAAAUGACUAAAUAAAAUACAUUCUUAGUAUUGU